UUGGAUAACAGUUUUGAGGAAAUAUAACUGAAGAGAACGAAAAACAUCCAGUCGUUUUGGAAUCAGCGUAUAUCGUGGUGAGAAUGAAGAAGGAAGUGAGUGCUGGAGUAAACUUUCUGAAAGGUUUGGCAGUGGAGCGUGGAGGUGUGGAUCAAAUUAAAGCCAAACUUUUCACUGCUAAAUUACAAGAGCUUCUGCUUAAAAAGUUCACAGACCACUGGUACCCAGACAAUCCUUGCAAAGGACAGGCGUACAGAUGCAUCAGAAUAAAUGACAGAAUUCCCUGCGAUGAAUCAGUAUCACAAGCGUGCAUGAAGAGCGGCUUAAAGUCAAGUGAGUUAGGCUUUCCUCGUGAGAUCACAAUCUGGAUCGAUCCAUCGGAGGUGUGUGUGCGGUCUGGGGAGAAUGGCAGAUAUUUUAUAGUAGCUCAGUUUGCUAAAGUGGAGGAUGAGAAAAGGGACUUGAAUCAGGAUGAUACUUUUAGCCAAGUGGAUUCUGUGAAUCUGGAUACAUCCGACUACCACUCAGCAACCUCAUCUGACUGCGGCUCAGCAGUCUCAAGUGAUACAGAAGAGGAGGUGAAAGAGAACCAAACGAAAAAAGUAGAGGAGAGAACAGUGAAGGAUACUGUUCAUACAAUAAGAUCUAAAGCAAGGGAGCCUAAAGGGCCACGCAAGUUUACUCCAGCUCAGAUCCCUGGCCCGCAGUUCUUUUAUAACCCUGCACCGAUGUGGCCCCAGUACAAGAAGAGAGGCAUGUUCUUCACGACUGUAUGCGCACCGGCACCUUCUCCGUUGUUUGCUUACUACGUCGUACCCAAAGCCCCUCCUCAGUUCAUUGUGCCUCACGCUACCCUCCAAACCUGGGGGACAGUGAAAGGGUAAACAAAACCAGUGUAUCUAUAGUGUAAGACGUAUCUGCCAAUCUGCAGGGAACUUUAUAGCUUAUUUUAAUUAAAUCAUAAACUUGAAAUAUAGUGUCAAGCAUGUCAACUAUUUAACUUUUCACUGAUUUGGGGCUUAUAAAUUCAAAUGAACUUUAAGCUUUUCAUUUUACCUGUCCUGCCAUUAUUUAUUUUUUCUUUGGGUUUUUAGCUUUAGGUUUUUAUGCGCUAAAAUAGUCAAUCAAUAUGUUUAAACUUCUCUUGCACAAAACACUGGCUCUGUUAUUACUUGAUCACAAACUCUACAGAAAUUAUUUCUCAACUUUGCCAAAGUUGGAUUACUGCAUACUUGAAUUUUUUUAGUCAUAGAUAUGGAAAUCACAACUUUUCCAGUAGCUUCUGUAGUGAGUGUUUUAAUGUUUUGGUAACUUUUUAUGCAUAGAACACUUGAGUGAAAUUUAAUGGAGGAGAAUUGUUUUGAGUGAAUGUAAUUAUUCACUGAAAUACUCAAUGGACGCACAUUCCCAAAUAUUACCAGCAGUUCAGCUCAGGUGUAAUAGUUUAUGAAGUUACCUCUAAAACAACAAGCAUCCUAUACCUUUUCUAUUAAAAAUAAUCUCAUAUACUGAAGCCAAAGAGUGCUGUGUGGGUGAGGUUUCAAAUUAGUAGCUGCAUAUAAAGUUCCUGACUAAUGGGAAUUCACCUUUAAGAAUAAUCAUAUCUGCUCAAGAUGCAGAGAGGACUGCAUUAACAAAAACAUUAUUUAUUUAGUUGUACUAGAUUCUGGGCACAAUGUUAUUAUUUAAAUUUGUUUAAAUGACGAUAAUUGUACUGUCAUUUUUUCCAAUACCACUAGGUGGUAGUAUACAUUGCCUCAAGCCAUAAUUUCAUUACAAGCCAUAUUUCCACAUUUCAUUAUCUUGAUAUUUUGAUUGUACAUAACAGAUUUUCUUCUUGUAGUAUUUGUUUUGUAAAAACUGCAUGUAAACGUGUAGUGUCAUCUCACAAUUGCUGUCAUGUGUACCAGCAGGAAUUAUUUUAUAAUCCUUUUUAGAUUUUACCUUUGCUAUAUCAUUAUUAUUAAUAUAUAAAUAAAUUGUGUGCAGUUUUGUAUGUUAAACUUAUAACCUAUGCUAUGUUUACAAAAUGUUGCCCUUUUUCUCAGUCUUCAAAUGCAUAUUUAUUUGUGCUUUCUUUCCCUGUAAUCUUUAAAAUUAUG